AUCGGAACGAUCUAAAUCUCUCAAACCCUCCUCCUCUUUCUCCUCUUCUCUCUGUUCUACAGCGUGCUCUCCAUCCUCUUACUUUUUCUCUCUUUCAUUUCACUCUUCCUCUCUGAAAUCUUUUAUGCGAUCCUAUCCCAAGAAACCAAACGGGCCCUAGCAUUUCCUGUCCAUUUUCAGAUCUGACCUAGCUCCCGAGUCAGUCACGAGCUCGUCCUGACUCGGGAAUGGCUUCUUCGGAAGCCGAUUCCCGCUUAAGCCAAGUCGUAGCCCCAGCCCUAGAGAAGAUCAUCAAGAACGCUUCGUGGCGGAAACACUCUAAACUUGCUCAUGAAUGCAAAUCCGUUCUCGAGAGAAUCACUUCUCCGCAGAAGCAGCCACCAGACGACGAUUCUGAAUCUGACGCAUCGAUUCCUGGUCCGCUUCACGACGGCGGCCCCGUUGAGUACUCCCUUGCGGAGUCUGAAUCCAUCCUCAGUCCUCUGAUUAACGCAUGUAGCACCGGCUUCCUCAAGAUCGUUGAUCCAGCCGUUGAUUGCAUCCAGAAAUUAAUCGCCCACGGUUACUUACGCGGCGAGGCAGACACCAGCGGAGGCACCGAGGCGCAACUCUUGUCGAAAUUAAUUGAAGCCGUUUGUAAAUGUUACGAUAUUGGUGACGAGGCCAUUGAGCUCUCGGUGCUUAAGACGCUUCUAUCGGCUGUUACAUCAAUUUCGUUGAGGAUACAUGGUGAUUGCUUGUUGCUGAUAGUGAGGACUUGUUACGAUAUCUAUUUAGGGAGCAAAAAUGUAGUAAACCAGACAACGGCAAAAGCAUCGUUGAUCCAAAUGUUGGUGAUUGUUUUUCGGAGAAUGGAGGCAGAUUCAUCAACAGUGCCGAUUCAACCGAUUGUUGUUGCUGAAUUAAUGGAACCGGUUGAGAAAUCCGAUGCAGAUGGGUCAAUGACGAUGUUUGUGCAGGGUUUCAUAACCAAAAUUAUGCAAGACAUUGAUGGGGUUUUGAAUCCAGGAACUCCGGGUAAGGUUUCUCUGGGAGCACACGACGGGGCAUUUGAGACUACCACGGUUGAGACCACUAACCCUGCCGAUUUGUUGGAUUCGACGGAUAAGGACAUGUUGGAUGCCAAGUAUUGGGAGAUUAGCAUGUAUAAGACGGCUUUGGAGGGGAGGAAAGGGGAAUUGGCUGAUGGAGAAAUGGAAAGAGACGAGGACUUAGAGGUUCAGAUUGGGAAUAAACUGCGGAGAGAUGCAUUUUUGGUCUUUAGAGCUCUUUGCAAGUUGUCAAUGAAAACACCUCCUAAAGAGGCCUUGGCUGAUCCCCAGUUGAUGAGAGGGAAGAUAGUGGCCUUGGAGUUGUUGAAGAUCCUUUUGGAAAAUGCUGGUGCUGUCUUUAGAACUAGUGACAGGUUUUUAGGUGCCAUUAAGCAAUACUUAUGUCUCUCACUGUUGAAGAACAGUGCUUCAAGUCUUAUGAUUGUUUUCCAGCUUUCUUGCUCCAUUUUCAUUAGUCUGGUGUCAAGGUUUAGAGCUGGAUUGAAAGCAGAGAUUGGAGUAUUUUUUCCUAUGAUUGUUCUUAGGGUCUUGGAAAAUGUUGCUCAACCUAAUUUUCAACAGAAGAUGACAGUGCUUCGGUUUUUGGAUAAGCUAUGUGUUGAUUCACAAAUACUGGUGGACAUCUUCAUUAACUAUGAUUGUGAUGUUAAUUCAUCAAAUAUAUUUGAGAGAAUGGUCAAUGGACUUCUUAAAACUGCUCAAGGUGUCCCCCCUGGUACAACCACUACACUUUUGCCACCACAGGAAGUGACCAUGAAACUUGAAGCUAUGAAGUGCUUAGUUGCCAUUUUGAAAUCGAUGGGAGACUGGAUGAACAAACAAUUACAGAUUCCAGAUUUGCAUUCUACCAAGAAAUUUGAUGCAGCUGAGAACACUACUGAACCUGGUAAUCUUCCUGUGGCAAAUGGAAAUGGAGAUGACCCAGUUGAAGGAUCAGAUUCUCAUUCUGAAGCCUCCACUGAAGCUUCUGAUGUUUCAACUAUCGAGCAACGCCGGGCUUACAAGCUAGAACUUCAGGAAGGUAUAUCUCUUUUUAAUCGGAAACCUAAGAAAGGUAUUGAGUUUCUUAUCAACGCAAAUAAAGUGGGAAAUUCACCUGAAGAGAUAGCCGCUUUUCUUAAAAAUGCAUCUGGUUUGAACAAGACCCUUAUUGGUGAUUAUUUAGGAGAGAGGGAGGAUUUAUCUCUCAAAGUGAUGCAUGCCUAUGUGGAUUCCUUUGACUUUCAUGGCAUGGAGUUUGAUGAAGCUAUCAGAGUCUUCCUACAAGGCUUCAGGUUACCUGGUGAGGCUCAGAAGAUUGAUCGCAUCAUGGAAAAGUUUGCUGAGCGUUACUGCAAAUGUAAUCUGAAGGUCUUUACUAGUGCUGACACGGCCUAUGUCCUUGCUUACUCUGUGAUCAUGCUCAAUACUGAUGCUCACAAUCCCAUGGUGAAGAACAAGAUGUCGGCUGAUGAUUUUAUAAGAAACAAUCGUGGCAUUGACGAUGGAAAAGAUCUACCUGAGGAAUACUUAAGGUCAUUGUUUGAACGCAUAUCAAGAAAUGAGAUCAAAAUGAAAGAAGAUGAUUUGGCUCUCCAACAAAAGCAGUAUAUGAGCUCAAACAGAAUUUUAGGCUUGGACAGCAUCCUUAAUAUUGUGAUCCGUAAGCGGGGUGAAGAUAAGAUGGAAACCAGUGAUGAUCUUAUCAGGCAUAUGCAAGAACAAUUUAAGGAAAAAGCUCGCAAAUCUGAGUCAGUUUAUUAUGCAGCAACAGAUGUAGUCAUACUUCGGUUCAUGAUCGAGGUAUGCUGGGCUCCUAUGUUGGCUGCCUUCAGUGUGCCUAUUGACCAAAGUGAUGAUGAAGUGGUGAUAGCUUUGUGUCUUGAAGGUUUCCGUUAUGCCAUCCAUGUUACUGCUGUAAUGUCCAUGAAGACUCAUAGAGACGCAUUUGUUAGUUCAUUAGCAAAGUUUACUUCUCUCCACUCUCCUGCUGAUAUCAAGCAGAAAAAUGUUGAUGCUAUCAAGGCAAUAGUCACAAUUGCUGAUGAGGAUGGGAAUCAUUUGCAAGAAGCUUGGGAGCAUAUUUUAACAUGUGUCUCACGCUUUGAGCAUUUACAUCUAUUGGGUGAGGGUGCUCCCCCAGAUGCUACAUUUUUCGCUUUUCCUCAGAAUGAAUCAGACAAGACAAAACAAACCAAAUCUACAAUCCUCCCUGUUCUGAAAAAAAAGGGGCCUGGUAGGAUGCAGUAUGCGGCUGCUGCUGUGAUGAGAGGUUCGUAUGAUAGUGCUGGUAUCGGUGGCAGUGCUUCUGGGACAGUCACAUCUGAACAGAUGAACAAUUUAGUCUCUAAUUUAAACAUGUUGGAACAAGUGGGAAGCUCUGAAAUGAACCGCAUAUUCACUCGUAGUCAAAAACUAAACAGUGAGGCAAUAAUUGACUUUGUCAAGGCUCUCUGCAAGGUUUCUAUGGAGGAAUUGCGGUCCGCAUCUGACCCACGAGUCUUUAGCCUUACAAAGAUUGUUGAGAUUGCGCAUUAUAAUAUGAAUCGCAUCCGGCUUGUAUGGUCAAGCAUCUGGCAUGUGCUUUCUGAUUUCUUUGUAAACAUUGGCUGUUCUGAAAAUCUUUCCAUUGCAAUUUUUGCAAUGGAUUCUUUGCGCCAAUUAUCAAUGAAAUUCUUGGAGCGAGAGGAGUUGGCUAACUACAAUUUUCAGAAUGAAUUUAUGAAGCCAUUUGUAAUUGUCAUGCGUAAGAGUAGUGCCGUUGAGAUCAGAGAAUUAAUAAUCAGAUGUGUCUCGCAAAUGGUUUUAUCUCGUGUCAACAAUGUAAAAUCAGGAUGGAAGAGCAUGUUCAUGGUUUUCACAACAGCGGCUUAUGACGACCACAAAAACAUUGUACUCUUGGCCUUUGAAAUAAUGGAAAAGAUUAUUCGAGACUACUUCCCAUACAUCACUGAGACUGAAACAACCACCUUUACAGAUUGUGUAAAUUGCCUAAUUGCAUUCACAAAUAGUCGAUUCAACAAAGACAUUAGCCUCAAUGCUAUAGCUUUUCUUCGGAUCUGUGCUACAAAACUUGCAGAAGGAGAUCUGGGAUCCUCUGCAAGGAAUAAGGAUAAGGAAGCCCCAGGAAAAUUUUCUCCAUCUUCACCACAAGCUGGAAAAGAUGGAAAACAUGAAAACGGGGAGAUCACAGAUAAGGAAGAUCAUCUGUAUUUCUGGUUCCCUUUGUUGGCUGGUUUAUCAGAACUUAGCUUUGAUCCUAGACCUGAAAUCAGGAAGAGUGCCUUACAAGUGCUUUUUGAUACUUUACGCAAUCAUGGCCAUCUUUUUUCCCUACCUCUAUGGGAACGAGUAUUUGAUUCAGUAUUGUUUCCAAUAUUUGACUAUGUAAGGCAUGCUAUUGAUCCUACUGGGGGUGACUCUCCAGGGCAGGAGAUUGAUGAUAAUGCAGAUGAACUUGAUCAGGAUGCAUGGCUUUAUGAGACAUGUACGUUGGCCCUCCAACUGGUUGUAGAUCUUUUUGUCAGAUUCUACAAUACUGUCAAUCCACUUCUGAGGAAGGUGCUGAUGCUUCUGGUUAGCUUUAUUAAGCGUCCACACCAAAGCCUUGCUGGUAUUGGUAUUGCAGCUUUUGUCCGUUUGAUGAGCAAUGCUGGUUAUCUAUUUUCAGAGGAAAAGUGGCUGGAAGUGGUUUUGUCACUAAAAGAGGCGGCCAAUGCAACGCUUCCUGAUUUCUCUUACCUUGUUAGUGAAGAUUCCAUGGUGAGAAGCCUCAAAGCAUUAAAUGGACAAAAUAAUGGAGAGUCUAUUGGAUCUGGCAUUCCGGAUGAAGAUCCAGAGAGACAGAGGACCCGUCGUCUUUAUGCUUCUAUAUCUGAUGCAAAAUGUAGAGCUUCUGUGCAACUUUUAUUGAUUCAGGCUGUGAUGGAAAUAUACAACAUUUAUCGGCCUCACCUUUCGGCAAAAAAUACCUUGGUCCUCUUUGAUGCUUUACAUGAUGUGGCUUCCCAUGCUCACAAAAUCAAUACUAAUAGCGUGUUAUGUUCAAGGCUGCAAGAGUUUGGUUCCAUGACCCAAAUGCAAGCCCCUCCAGUUUUACGCCUGGAAAAUGAGUCUUAUCAAAUUUGCCUCACAUUCUUACAAAAUCUCAUACAACAUAGGCCUCCAAGUUUUGAUGAGUGUGAGGUGGAAUCUUAUCUUGUCAACCUUUGCCGGGAGGUGUUACAGUUUUAUAUUGAAACUUCCCGCUCUGGACAGACAUCUCAAUUGGCUCCCAGUGCACAACCCCAGUGGCUGAUUCCUGUAGGCUCUGGGAAACGGCGGGAAUUGGCUUCACGGGCACCUCUUAUAGUUGCAACUCUUCAGGCUAUUUGUAGUUUGGGAGAUGCUUCAUUUGAAAAGAACUUGAGUCAUUUCUUCCCCCUUCUUUCAGGCUUGAUAAGUUGUGAACAUGGGUCGAAUGAGGUCCAAGUAGCUCUAAGUGAUAUGCUUAGCUCAUCAGUGGGUCCUAUUUUGCUUCGGUCAUGUUGAGCUUGGUGAGAUCAGGCUACAUUUUGUGCUGUCAUACUUGAUUCUAUUCUUGGUAUCUUAUCUUUUUCAUCUUCUUCAUUUUCGUUAUAUUGUUAUUGGAGAUGGAAGUCCGUAGUGUGAAAAGAGUUAGUGAUGGUUUUGAAUUGUCGAGCGCUUCUGAACUCCAUGUAGUUUAUUCGGAAGCUCCUUUGUUCAGAGUUAAUAGAUAUCAUAAGAAAUUUUGUUGUAUGCUAGUCAAAAUUUUCUUUCUUCUUCCCCGUAGGUAAGUUUGAGAACAAUAAUUUCCUGUAAAAAAAAAUGUGCUUAUUCAACGUGAACUGAUAGAUGAUCCUUCUUUUCUGAUUA